AUGCUCUAUCCGCGACAGGUAGAGUACCGUGAACAGAGGCAUCGGGGUCACACUGACACAAAAUGUCCGGAUGCAGGAAUCCCGUUGCCGCCGGUCGAUAUAAUGGUGCUCGCGAGGCCAAACACGGUAACCGAAGAACGCUCAGAUACGAGAGAUCCGACCGGAAACCCGACAUAUGGCAUCUUGCGUCCGACAUCCUCAUCUGAGGUUUAUAGAGUUGGGCGAUAUUACGUGGGAGUCCUGAAGGAGCUGCCACCUCCUGAUAUUAUCUACGACGAAUGGAACGAACAUAUAUGUGGUGAUCUUAUCAACCACCUCUUAGCCGUCACGGAUAGCCUUCCCAACGAUAUACCAGAUGAUCACCUCAUAAUAGAACCUGUACUGUGCAUGGCCGGCAAGACAAAAUCCAUGAGGCUGACCACUCAUGAAAGGCAUGCCAGGGGCAAGGUCAUGCUAGAGCCGAUGGUUUGGAUCCACUGCGGCAGCCGAAAAUGCAGGAGAAAGGUCAAGGAGACCAUACAUCAAGCUCGAUUCUUACAGAACUUCCUUCAGAGGUUCGGUAUGGCGGAGGCUCACAUUGCACUGGAAGCGCCGUGGCCAGCAGCGCAUAUCGCAUCGACAGCAGAUCAGCAAUAUUCAUCUGCAUCAGAGGAACAGAAAGUAUCGGUAGAUGACCAGGAUCGCAGGCUCUACGAUUCAGGGUACGACUCGGCGAGUCUAAUGUCCUACACUCCGUCCAUUUCCUCUCUCAUGUAUUCUGAAAUGUCUUCUCGCUCUAUGUGGCAGCCUUCUUCCACGGCGAGCACGUCCCCCAGCCAACCUGGAAAUCGUAUUCCUUUCAUUUCCCAACACUACUACUCCUCGCCGCCUUCCAUUCAUGGACAACUAUCCCAGUGGCCCCUCACCGUCAAUCAUGAAGCCCCGGCUUUUCCUGGUGCGAGGACCAGGAAUUUGCCUUAUUCAAGACGAGGCAGCAAUGUUGAUCAUCCUCCGAUGAGUCUUAGUGCCAGUGAAUAUGCAGAGAACGGCAGUAGCGACAGCUACAUAAGGCCACGACAAACGAUAUGCGACGUCGACGAUCGACAGUUGGCACUAUCCUUUGCUAUUCAACUGCGAUAUGACAUACACAGUGCAUGUGGUAUUGGGACUCGAUUUUGCCUCCAUGAUUCUGGCUCGUCCUUCUCAACAAUUGGGGGACUUAUAGUAGUGGACAAUUCGGUAUUCGGCUUGACGACUGCACAUGGAAUCAUUGCUUGCCUUGAUGCGUCAAAAACGCCAUCGAGUUCUGAUACAGAUGAAGAUACGUCCGAAUCUGGCUCCGAUUCUGACCCUUCAUUCCCUGUCGGUAUAUCUAAGCCCAGGAAUAGGCGUCGUGACUACAGCAGAGGUAGCGAAGUAGCCACCCAGGGUACUGCCCAACACGAAUGGUCGCCAGUCUUGGUGCCAAGUAUUGUAUCUUACAAGGGCCGAGGAACUCUGACCGGGGACUACGGGCUUCCAACGCAGUCCCCGCCUAUGUCUGACUUUGCACUUGUUGAACUGGAUUGCAAUCUUCUGGGUACACUGAAAAAUAGUUAUCGUGAUCCAAGUACAUCAAUUAUUAAGGAUAUUUCUGGCUCUCUGGACAACAAUCAGCUCUCGGCGGGGGAAGUUCUCAUUAUCACUUCAUCUAAUGUCAUUCCAGGAUACCUCCUUGAUGGCACUGCGUCAGUUAUCUUACGAGGAACUGCCAUGCGCACUAAGAAGAUACAGAUUCAGAUUUCUCAUGGCGAAGGGAUAUCAGGAGCGUGGGUUGUUCGCGACCACCUGGUAUGCGGUUGCAUAUUUGCAGCCUAUAAUACGGGCAGAUAUCUUCACAUGCUACCUAUUGAAGACACAUUACGCAGCAUUUUCCAAUUUACAAAUUCCACGAGUGUCCGAAUUGCUACAACCAACGAUCUUGCAGGUCCACCUUCGCCUGCUUCGAAACAUCCAGCUGGCUUACCAGGUGAUAUGCCUGAUGUUACCAGGUGCCAUCUGAUCCGCGACGAUUCUUCAGGCAGGGAAGAGUAA